UGCCCAGGUGCAGUAACCUAGACCGACCAAUGAGAUGCUUGCUUCUAAACAGGUGACCAGUAAAUGAAGCUGGCAAAGCAAAGGUGGCACAUGCCAUCUAUACGCAAUCUGAUUGGCUCAGACAGCUAAAGCUUCAUAACGGUCUUGACUGUUAGAGGAGCAUCAGUGCUGAGGAGCGAUUUCAUUGAUUUUCUGGAGUUUUCAACGCGAUUUAAAGCAAAUUAUCCCUUAUAUACGUCACACAUUCACACACUUUACUCCUAAACACAUUCCUGCACUUUCCGACACAUAUUAGCCCACACAGCAUCAUCCCUACACAUUAACACAACCUUCACUCAUUUCACUGCACACCCAACAGUUUUUUUUGCAGGUUUUUCUUCUUCUAGGUUUUCAGUCCUUACAGAUUUGCCACUGUCUGGACAAUGGCGAGUAGGCAAGAGAAGAAAAGGACAUAUACCGAGGCUUUGUCACCUGACCUCGAAGAGUCGACGAAGAAGAGACGCACCGAGGAGGCCAGUGAGGGCCCCGUACAUACUGCCAGGCAAGAGCAGAAAAGGACAUAUACCGAGGCUUUGUCACCUGACCUCGAAGAGUCGAAGAAAACGAGAAGCACCGAGGAGGCCAGUGAGAGCCCCGUAGAUACUGCCAGGCCUGAACCUGCUUCAGUCACCAGCACCGAUUUCUACCAACUGCUGGAACAUCCAAGGAUCAGUAGAAGCCUGACAAUGGACUCCUGCAGGAAGGUGACAGAUAAGUACCUUCUGGCUAUGGUGAAGGUCUAUUUCCAGCGCGCCGAGCUGAAGAAAGAAGAAUACACCAUGCUGAACUUUUUCGCAGCCCUGCUUCUGGCCAAUGAAAUGGAAGACGAGACACCUUUCUAUGACCUGAUUUACCCCUGGUGCCUCGGGGCUGAAUUUCAGGUAAAAUGGCAGGAGCUGAGGAGCUGCAAACUGGAGUUGUGGAGGAGGAUGGGUUUCAAAGCCCUGGUGAGCAGAACAUCCUGUGAGGAGGCAAUGGAAGAUAACCCAACCCACUGGGUAUGGAAGCGUGAAAGACAUCACAACCAUGGCUUGGUCAUCAGGCAGCACGCAAGACCAAGGGACUUUUUUUACUUCCGUGCCCCCAAUAUCAGCCCAGCCUUUUGCUCCCAGUGUGCGCCCAAACCCCCAACUCCAGAGGAAGUCCGGCCAGACAAGUUGCCAUUCAAGCUGCGGAUGAAGAAAAUGUGGAAGAAAGAAUUUCCAUAAGGUCCAUAUUCAUCCUUUUAUUUAAUAUAUCAUUAAUAUGUUUACCAUAUAUUAUUAUU